AUGAUGGCCCAUUGGGUUUCCAUGCGGUGUCAACUCCCUGUUCUGCGGACCACCAGGGACGGGAGCACGCAGCAAGCGUCUUGGCCUCAACAGUUUCUUGGCAGGAAUGAGACCGCAGCGCACGAAAAUGAUGGAGGUUCUAAAUUAUAGUUUUUUCCAAGUACCUGACAGCGAUGUAAUCACAAAGGGCAUUCUUGAUUCAGGUUGGGCAUCGAAGUUGGAAACUUUUUUCCGCGAAAAUAAAGCACCCAACUGUUUUUCCAACGAAAAUUUCUGAUCAAUCUCACUCUGGUACUGGAAUUGGCAUAGUGAUUUUUGCACAGGUGACGCCGAUACCGCCAUGGUCGUUGUUUCCGGCGGAGCGGAAACAGUGGAGGUAGACCUCGUUUGCGAAAAGAGAACGGAAGAAGUCGGCGACCAAGUGCUGUCGUCGUGUCGCCUUCGGGCAUACUGCCCUGAGACAGGACGAGACAUCAGUGAGCAUGCAUUAUGCGAUCGCCUGCGGAACCGGCGGUUUUGUGCUGACAAGGACCCCAAGGGAACACCAUUUGCGAUAAAUCACGUCUGCAUGCAGCAGAUGAGCCAUUGCGUUGACGGCGGCUCGCCAGGUGGAUACCUGUGUUUGCAGUUCUACCCGCAGCAACUUGUUCUAGGCAUGCCGCUUACGCUGGCUGACGACGAAAUCACAGGAGAAGAGGGUUGCCAUGACGUCGCCUUGGAGAAUGCGGAAGGACCCAAUCCGGAGGAUGUGCUUCGAGAGGAACUGGACGACGAAGGGAGCCAUGAAUCUUUCGCGACUAGUUCCCUGUGUGAUAGCAGAAUCGACGCCGGUGGGCAGGGCGGAUUUCUUGUCAUCCCCAUUUGCAACUACGGCUUCAAAUUGGUUUUUCCGGGGGAGGGCGAGGUCGAUACUCGCGGUCUGGAUUUGCUGACCCACGACUUGUGGAGCGAUGACAUGCUUAAAGCGCUGUACACACCGGCGCUGCAGCUUCGUCCACAUGCCGAUAGGACCAAACACGGCGUGUUCAGGGGAAUCCGCAAAGACGAGAAUUACGGAACUGGACUAGAGUAUCUGUAUUGUGAUCAGUACUUUAACACCGGCAGGGGGCUUCAAGACGACCGCGCGGAAAUGUUUGUCACAGACAGACCGAUAAAAGUAUGGAUGUUUCAGCGCCCCCUCGCGGCUGCAGAAGAAGAGGCUCCCUUCGACGAUGAGGAACAGCAAACGGAAAUUCGUGCGCGGUUGCAAGCCGCUGAUAAGUUUUACCGAACAGUGGAGCUAGGAUGGCCUGCAGUUUUCCGCGCAAUCAUUGAAACGGGUUUUUCGCCAGACGAAGUUCUUGCGCUGAACAUGCUGAAGCCGGAAGAUGCCCAAAAUCUUCGAAGUGACUGUGCCAGCUUUCAGAACGGGGUGCAGGAAAUCUACUGAGGCAUUCAAAGCUACGUGAUUUUGUCGAACGCCAUGUGCUACUACCCACAAAACAUCUAUUUUUUCCUAGACUCACAACACCCGAGUGCCAGUCUUAUUUCGAUAUUUCGGCAAGGAGAUCUAAGCAUUUUUUUCUUUCUAAAAGAAGGUGAGCGAACGUUCCUCGGAACUUCUUUUCCUCUUGACAAAAAUAGAGGAGAACUCACUACGUCUUAUCGGCAAGCACCUUUAACCUUUUGAUUUAUCCCAAUGAUUUACAACCCAGUAGCUUUUGACCGAGAAUUUAGAAUGAAAUAUGCAGAGCAAGCGUCGAUUGUCGACGUGGCUUCGCUCAUUUUUUUUGAACGAGAAGAAUCAAAGACAACAGCACACGCCUAUCAUGCCGCCUCCUGCUUGAGACGGCCUGUUCGAAAAACAUAAAGAAGG